CUUUCAUUUGAUCAUUUUUAAUCAUGACACCUACUUUUAAGGAUAGUUUCAUACACUAUCCUCCUUUUGUAGUUGAUUCAUGCGCACAUAUUCAGAUCAAAUGCUGUAAAAGCUCUAAUACCGGAUUGACUGCCAUUCACAUAGAUAUGGAAGGACCAUUAGUGAGCGGUUUUUUGACUUUGGCAACAAGAGUAAAUGAUGACAAUGGAUGUCCACAUAUACUAGAACACCUAAUAUUCUUGGGAAGCGAAAAGUAUCCUUACAAGGGAGCACUUGAUUUACUUGCUCCAAGGGCAUAUGCGCCAGGAACUAAUGCAUGGACUGACAUUGAUCACACUUGUUACACUUUAACAACUGCCGGAAGUGAUGGUUUUCUUCAACUGCUGCCUGUCUAUGCAGAUCACGUACUAUAUCCUACUUUAACCGAUUCUGGAUUUUACACAGAGGUCCAUCACAUCAACCAAAAUGGUGAAGAUGCAGGCGUUGUCUAUUGUGAAUUACAAGCAAGAGAAAAUUCCAUAUAUGAUAUUAUGCAGCGUAGGUUACAGAGUAUAAUUUAUCCCAAACAGAGUGGAUAUCCCUUCGAAGCGGGUGGAUUGGUCGGUUGUAUACGAAAACUCAAGAUUGAAUCAAUCCGAGAGUAUCACAGUCAGUUUUACAGUCCCGAAAAUCUUGUUAUUAUCAUCACAGGGAAGCUAGAUCAAGUCCAUCUAUCAUCAACCUUGGAACAGAUCGACAAGUCCAUCCUUGAUAGACGUGUUCCAAAAGUGCCAAAGCUAAGGCCCUGGAAUCCAGCACCAAAGAUACCCAACUUGAAACAUAAUACAAUUGAAACAGUUUUGUUUCCUGGUGAACCAGAAAGCUUGGGAGAAGUGACAGUAACUUGGUUGGGUCCAAGGUGGAAUGAAUUCUUAGAGAUACAAGCUAUUUACAUGAUGAACAUAUACUUAACUGAUACACCUAUCUCGCCACUCAAAAGGCUAUUUGUAGAGUGCAAAGACCCUUACUGUUCGGAAGUAGAUUUUAGAAUAGCCGAAAGAAGCAGAGUUGCAGCCACCCUGACGCUUAGAAAUGUACAGUUGGAUAAAAUAGAUACAGUCAUACCAAAGCUCAUGGCAGCCUUACGGGAUAUUGUGGCAGAGCUUGAUUUUGAUAUUACAAGAAUGAUUACUCUAAUACAAAAAGAAAAGCUCAGGAUUUUCGAUGAAUAUGAAACAAGAGCAGCUUUCACUCUGCCACUGUCUGCAAUAACAGCAAGCAUUUAUGGAGAAAUAGGCACUAAGGAUUUCGUCAACGCAUUUCAACAACCUAAAUACCUUGACGAAUUGAUAAAGUUUUCAAAGGAUGACUGGUUGGAUUUAUUGAAUAGAGUUUACUUAGAAACUGCAUUUGCUGCGCUCGUAGGAAAGCCUUCGGUCACAAUGUCACAAGAGCUUACCGACACUGAAAAGGAAAGAAUACAUCAGCAACGUGCGAGAUUAGGAAAGAAUGGCUUGAGUAAUUUAAAGAAAAAGUUGCAGCGUGCUAUAAGGAUGAAUGAGGCUCAAAUACCAGCAAGGAUUAUGGAAACCUUCCCUAUACCUAGUGUAUCGAGCAUAUCCUCUAUUGAUGUAUUGACGGCUAUAAACCCUUAUCACAAAGAUGGCGUAUACUACAAUAAUAUACAAGAAUACAUCAACCAGGACGGACAACAGGAUGAUAUUCCUUAUUUCAUACAAUAUGAUCACAUAUCUUCCGCAUUUGUAUCACUCUCUGUCUAUUUAGACACUUCAAAUAUACCCUCUCAUUUACGUCCUUAUGGAAGGAUUUAUAUGGAUAUCCUAUUUGCUUCUCCUAUACUUGCUGAUAACGGUAUUUACAUAGAGCAUGAUGAAGUAAUUCAGCAGUUAGAUCAGGACUUGGUGUCAUAUGAUUCAUCACUCGGUUAUCAAGCAAUGUUUCGUGAAUAUAUCGUUAUUAAUAUCAAAGUUGAAAAUAAGAAAUAUAAUAUCGGUGUAAGAUGGUUAAAGUAUUUACUAUGGAACAUUCAAUUCGUUCAGGACAGACUUGUCAUUGGUGUUCAUAAAACAUUAGAUGAUAUCCCCCAAGCAAAAUGUAAUGGCAAACUGGUCGCCGAUUGGACUAUUCGAGCAAUACACACAGAUAUAAAGAAAUCAACAGAAGCAGCCUGUAGCUAUCUCUAUCAAGAUGUGUUUCUUUCAAGUAUUUUGUCUGAAUUAAAGAGCAAUCCUGAACAAAUUAUUCGAAAUAUGCGCGAGUUUAGAUCAAGACUAUGCUUAAGUGAAAAUAUCCGUGUACAUGUCAUUGGUGACAUAUUAAAACUAGAUAAACCUAAAAGUGCGUUCAGUUGUUGGGUUACAAGGCGUAAACUGAUGUCACUGCCUCCUGUCAUUUGUGCGAGAGAUGUGUUUAGCAAACAUGGAAAAGAACCUGGUCGUUGUACAGUUGUAGUUGUACUCCCUUACACAGAAAGCUCAUACUCUGUUCAUUCAACUAAAGGACCUACUGAUUUUGACUCACCAGAUAUUCCACCUCUGAUGGUACUAAUAGAAAUGCUACAUGCAAUGGAAGGCGUCUACACUCGCCUUGUAAGGGGACUCGGAUUAGCUUAUAGGUGUAUGCUUUCAAGCAAAACAGAGGCUGGCCUGAUAUCACUCCACAUCAUUCGAUCAACCAAUAUACUAAGCGCGUUCAAACAAAUGAAACAAGUGACGAAAAGAUUGCUGGAUGGAGAUGUACAAUUUGAUGACUAUGCGCUAGAAGGAGCCAAGAGCAGUGUUAUAUUUGAUAUUGCAAAUGGUGAAGGAACUAAAGAGGCAGCAGCUGCUCAAUCAUUUAUCAUCAAAGCGUUAAAACGAAGCAAGCUGCAAAAGAUAGAUCUUCUUAAAGCUAUUCAGGAAGUGACGAUGGGAGAUAUAUAUCAAAUGCUCUCAAGAUAUAUUGUACCUCUUUUUGAAGCUAACUGCUCUAACCAUGUCAUUGUCAGUUCUCAAGAUAGAUGUAAAGGGAUUGAAGAAUCGUUUACAGAUUUGGGUCAUUCAGUCCAAACAAUAAGAAUGGAGGAUAUUUAUACCAGAAAUGCUUUUUAAACUUCUUUUCUGUCUAUCGGGUGUCGAAUGUUUGUUUGUCGUUGUGAGGUUGUUACAAAAUCCAGGGACAAAAAAAAUGCAUGUGGUCUAAAUAAAACAAUACAGUAGAGUAUAUGAUGUAGCUUUUAUUAAAAAACAUAGCUAAUACUUCGUUUUGAUAUCCUUGUAAAAUAUGCACACUCAGUGUCCCAUUUACUCUAUCCAGUGCUAUUUUUGGUAAUAGCGUUCCUGAAAAAAGUUUAAUUUCAUUGUUUUCUUUUAUUUUUGAAAGAGAUGUCCCUAUUUAUUACGGCCGAG